AUGGGAGUAAUUACUCGUUUUUUCAAAUGCGAGAACAAGAACUGCGCUACCAAGCCAGAAUGGAACAAUGACGACCACCAGCUUGAACAGCAGCUGUGCAAAGACUGCAAUAAGCUCACGAAGUACUUCAAAUAUGAGUGCGAAGGAAUGCUCUACGGGAAAUAUCAAUGCCACGGAAAAUGCACAAACCAAUGGACCUCCGCUGCCGCCGUCGAAGGCUCUUGGCAGCAGUGCCUCCGCUGCCGAAAGAAGGUAACGCCUUACUAUCUCCGAGAGCACGACAGAAAGGAGGACGAAGAUGAGAAGCUCGAGGAAGGAAAAGCCAUUCAAAGCAAGGACAGAGCCCACGAACAAUCGAAAUGUGGCGAGUGUCUGCGACUUGCCACACAAAAAGCGUUCAAACAGACGUGCGUGGAAUACUGGAGGAUGAAGGCGGAUCCAGAAAAGGAAAGACGAGCUCAAGAACGAGCGGAUAAAAAACGACCAAUGAUCAAGGCGGAGAUGAAGAAGAAACAAGAAUCGCACGUUGAUUUCGUCAAAUCCUUCACUGAGGCAGCCGAGUCGUCGAUUCUCAAGGAAAGUGACGAGAACCCUGCGGAGGUCAAAGCGGAGAAGCCAAACAAGAAGAAGAAGCGCAACAAAAGAAAGAAGACAAAGAAAGAAUCAGACAUCAAGACUGAGCCCGUCGAUCAAUCUCAGCAGGCAAAUUCUGACGACAAAAAGGGCGAAGUCAAGGAUGAGCAGCAGGUGGAGGUCAAGACUGAGCCUCAAGCAGAGAAAGCUCCAAAGAAAAAUAAAAAGAAGACUACCAAGAAGUCCAAGAAUGUUGCGCCAGAAGCAGGAGAUAACAAUAAUAAUGGCUCUCCUGAAGCCGAUCAAGCCAAAACAAACGAGUCUGCUGAGCCAGCAAAGAAGCCCAAAAAGAAGCGAAACCGCAAGAAGUCUCCAAAGAAAGAGUCCGGCGACAACAAAGAGAAUGUGCUCGCUCCAAACGAAGCUGCCGACGACAUCACUGACAAAAUGGCCGGAAUGGCUGUUUCUUCGCCUCAAAAAGCUACACGAACUUCAACCAGUACUCGACGAGUUCUUUCUUCUUCUGCCCCCGAAAUCAAGCCUAACGAUCAAGAAUAA